UAGUUCCUUGCUUGUGUAUGCUAAGCGCCAAGACUGAAAGUUUACUGUUAUAGGUAUUUGCCCGGUUCUUAUUAAUUUGGUUAUAUUUAAUAGCAAUGGUGCAAUAUUGUUGCUGUUAUGGGUGCAAAGAAAGAUAUGUGAAAGGAGGAACAGUUACUUUUCAUAGUUUCCCGAAAGACGAACGAAGAGCGAAAAUAUGGCUCCAGAACAUAAAUAGGCCGAAUUUCGUCCAUACAAGGUACUCGAAAGUGUGUUCGAAGCACUUUACGGAAGAAAGCUUUGAUAGGGAGAGGUUUGGAGGCGUCUGGCUCAAGAAUGAUGCUAUACCAACAGUUUUUGAUUGUUGUGAGCGCCCACCAAAAGCAGCAGCAAAAAAACGUCCACCAAAAAGAGAUAAUUCACAAAAUCUUAAUGAGCUCCUGGCAAGCAUUCAGAGUAGAAAUGUUCCGAUUCUACCAGCGCCCUCUACUUCAGCAAACAGUAAAAGACAUUACAGUAUUUGGUGUAUUUCAGUAGUGCCACCAUCAGCACCCAAACCUGAGCAAACUUGGCCAGAUGAUGAAAGAAACAGGGAAAUUACUUCAUUAGUAGGUGACUCAAACAUUAUGCCAAAUGAUUCAGCUACCAACAAAAUGCAGUUGGGAAUCGCCACGAAAAAGGAGUUAGAUGACAGAGAGAAUCGAGACUAUUUUUUGUGUGGCACAGUGAAGCAGGAACAGGAGUAUGAGCACAUGACUGUGAAGAAGGAACCAGUAGAAGACCCUGAUGAAUCUAUGUAUUCAGCAACUGAAGAGGAGUGUGAGCACAUCAUUGUGAAGGAAGAACCGAUAGAAGAGCCUGAUGAAUCUGCGAAUUCAGCAACUGAAGAGGUGUGUGGGAGGAUAAAUGUGAAGGUGGAACAGGAGCCUGAAUACGAAGGGAACUCCUGGGAGGAGCACAGAACACAGGAACCAGAAUACAUAGAAGUGAAGAGCGAACCACUCGAGGCAGAGGAAGUUACUGGUGACGGGGCCACACAUAGGGACUCCCUCUGUUUCUGGUGAACGUUUUUCCCCAAGCUUCACCACCAGCUCACUUGAUAUUUCUGGCACGAAUAUGACAAUAACAGCAGGCUGCAAGAGUCUGGAAAUUCACAGGUUUCUAUGAAGUAAGGGGGAGGGGGGACAACCCAGAAAGUUGUAUGUCAAAUGUGAUUAUGUGUACAAUCUCUAAAGACAUUCAGGAGAAUGCAAUGUGAAACUGGAGAGAGAUUACCUUAAUCGGUAGAUGCAGUGCAAAACUUCUUUUCCUUAAGCAGUUGAUGCAUUUACAGGUAUAUAUGAUUAUCAUUACUCCUCUUAUGUGUCUUUUUUAUUUUUUGUUCUUUGCUCGCGGAAACUUUCCCACUUUUCUGUUUAACAUUUACAGAUGCCGUAAUACCUCAGUGAACAGUGUCUGGCAAGAUGACUGUGUAUUUAUUUAUUAGGCCUGCCUCUCCAAGUUUUUAAAAAAACAAUGCAAGAAACACAUUUUGCUACUUUCUUUUAUUUCUCAAAAUAUUUGUCUUCAUAAUUUAUAGACUUCUACACUUGUUCAAACCAAUUCAGGAAACACUUUUUGCCAAUAUUUUGUUGCUACCCUAAAGGACUCUACAGCUUCUAGAGGUAAAAAAUCAAGUGAAUCUGGCCAGCAACUAAUUAUUUCAAUGCAGUUCCGCAUAAAUUUAUCUAGCAUCGACAUGAAGAACGACACAACAUUUUUCGUUUUCUGUCCGAUACCCUCGAUGCGAAUUAUUCGAUCUUCAUUGAAAUUGUGAAUAAUCUACCAGGAAUAAAUGUUUUUCACUGCUGACUGACCCUGCGAAAUCAUAUGCGCUGCAGUCUUGGAUACACCUAAAGACAGCUGUGUCUUACAGUCCCAUGCCAGUGCUCUGAACCGUGUUGCGUACCUUACUAAUGUAUUUUUGAACAGUUAAUUUACAUGAGCUUAACAAAAUACAUUGUUGACAAUAGCACAACCCUGAUGAAAUUUUAUGAACCAGUUGUAAAAAGUCUUUUUAGAAGAUGAUAGAUUGCGAAAAGUUGAUUAAAAUGAUUCAAAAAAAUAAAAUGUCAUCGAACAGAAAUCUUCACUCACAAUUUCCAUGUUUUCCCAAGAUUGUUCCUUUGCAUGCUCACUGAAAUCAGUUAGGCCAGUUCAUUAGCUACAAUUAUUUUAGCAAUAAUAAAUUACAAAUUUUAAAACAGUAACACUCUAGUUGUUCUAUGUAAAAAAAUA